UCUAAUAAAUUAGCAUAGUAAUAGUACAGUGAACUAGCAAUUUAUUUUGGUAAUUCUGAAUUUAAACAAACAUAUUGAUGAGAAGAACUCAUUUUUACUUUGCAAAUUUGUAAAUACAGGCUCUGUAGCAAUGUACGGACAUAUAAUAAUAUGAAGAAACAAUAAUAGCAUCUACAAAUAUAUAUGUACUACGUGGUACUACAUUUACUAAAAUUAAUACAACAUUUAUUAAUUAAAUUAAUGAAAUUGUGGUUUUAAAGUUUUAGGGGUGUAUAAAAAAUGGGGGGCGCUGAAAAAUAAUUGAUUUUCAAAGGGGGCGGUAAAAGAAAUAAGUUUGAUAAUCACUGGUAUAUAGCGAUGCAGCGGUGUUCGAAUCCCGCAGGCGGGUACCAAUUUUUCUAAUGAAAUACGUAUUUAACAAUUGUUCACGAUUGACUUCCACGGUGAAGGAAUAACAUCGUGUAAUAAAAAUCAAACCCCCAAAAUUAUAAUUUGCGUAAUUACUGGUGGUAGGACCUCUUGUGAGUCCGCACGGGUAGGUACCACCGCCCCGCCUAUUUCUGCCGUGAAGCAGUAAUGCGUUUCGGUUUGAAGGGUGGGGCAGCCGUUGUAACUAUACUGAGUCCUUAGAACUUAUAUCUCAAGGUGUGUGGCGCAUUUACAUUGUAGAUGUCUAUGGGUUCCAGUAACCACUUAACACCAGGUGGGCUGUGAGCUCGUCCACACAUAUAGGUAAUAAAAAAAUAAAAAAAUAGGUAUGAGAUAUAACUUUAUACGCAAAUUGUUGAGUGCCCCUAGCUUUUAUUGCCAAAUCGCUCCCGUGGCUUUUCGUAAACUGAUUACGUUAUUGAUGUUCCGAAUAAUAAAAAUAAUAAUCUCUCGACCUGUAAUAAAGUUAUGCCGGUGCGAGUAACGCUACCUGUGGUCAAAUAUCAAGAAUAAAUAUCGAAACAAUUAGAAAUGUUUAUUGAAUGCGAUAGAAAGUUCUCGAAUGUUCCAGUUUUAUCGAGAAUGUUCUAAUACUGACAGAAAGUCAGUUCUAUUCGAAGCAAAGCAACGAAGGGAUCACAUCAACAAGCAAAGAAAAAUAAAUUGCCAUACUGAAGUCUAUUUUUAUUUAAUCUGAGAGCAUUUGCUACAUUCUUCGUAGGAAGAGCAGAGCUUCGCAGAAUCUACCAUCGGAUCGGAGUCGCGACCCAGUGAGAAGAUCCGGCGAGAAACUCAGCGGGCUGUGUCUGUGGAUUAAUUUACUCGUCGAGCCCUUCGUCGCAAGUGACGGGUUCGGUGAGGACGGUGACUGGUGCUUGAGGUACCUAAAAGCAACGUUAAUGGAACGGGAGGAUCCGUAAUGACGUGUUUACGGCGACGUCGACAACGUGACGUUUGAAUAGCUGCCCCAAGCAUCAGGACUUUUUCCCUGACUUUGUGGAUAUCUAUGAACGAUGGUCACCACGCACCAUGUAGUGCAUGCAUCCUAUGCUGCUCGUCAGCCUUUAAACACAAAAAAAAAUAUACGAAAAAAUUGUUCGACGAGAACGAUGACCGGUGCUUGGGGUAACUGAAAGCACCGUUAGUGGAUCGGGAGGAUCUGAAAUGAUGUUUUUUGGGCGACAUCGACUGUAUACCAUUCGGUCCGCAGGAUCGGGAAUGUAGUUACAGGCGGCCACGAUGAGAGAGUUCUCGUGUCGCUUUCUCGAAAUGGCGCAUUGAUGCCGACUGUAGAUACUUACUGACGGACUCUAGGUCCAUGUCGUCUCAUUUCUAACAUAUCAUGGGGCUCCGACAGCUAUCCUGCAAGACCCCUGUCGAGAGUGACACUUAAGUACUUAGCCUUCGUAGCACAUGUUAUAGGUUGGCCAAAGAUUUUAUGGCGGGAAUGGAGUUACCGCGCCUAAUUGGUGAUGAGACACUAGCAGCAGUGUCGAGAGGGCGACCCCUUUUGAAGAGCACGGCUGUGCUUUUCAUGCCGUUGAUGUCAAUACGCCACUUCUGGAACCACUGUCCUAAAUUGGUGGUCGCGAUCCGGAGUUUACUAUGCAUGAAUGACAUCUUCCUACUCGAGUACUAGAUAUCGGUAUCAUCCGCGAAAAAGGCUAAGUGGGUCGCCGGCGUCCGGGGUAUAUCGUUAAUAAAGCAAAAGUAAGCAAGUAAAAGUUCAGCAUUUUUCAAGUAAUGUGAUUACCAAAGUACAGCGUCUCAUCUUUAUAUAUAUAUAACCAUAGGCAGAUGAGGCCGUGGCUCCAUUCGAUAAUAGCCUAUCAAAGGAACCUAUAGACGCAACGCCUUAACUGCUUCACCCAUAUGUUUCGCCUUGGUGCAGUAUUUAUACAAUACAAUUUAAAUUUCAAACUUAUAAAUAUUGCAAAUGGUGGCGAUUCCUCCAUCCAGGGCAAAGCCAAUCGUUUAGAAAUAAGAAAUAGAAAUAAUGCAUCUAUUAUUUUGAGAAUUUUAGGUAUUUGGUUUAAGUCCGCGUGAGUCCGCGCGGGUGGGUACCACCACCCUGCCUAUUUCUGCCGUGAAGCAGUAAUGCGUUUCGGUUUGAAGGGUGGGGCAGCCGUCGUUACUAUACUUGAGACCUUAGAACUUGUAUCUCAAGGUGGGUGGCGCAUUUACGUUGUGGAUGUCUAUGGGCUCCAGUAACCACUUAACAUCAGGUGGGCUGUGAGCUCGUCCACCCAUCUAAGCAAUAAAAAAAAAAAAAAAAAGUUUGACCCGAAUAUCCAAUGAUGUCAUGAUUACGAAUGAAAACAGCAUUACGUCAAUGACGUAGAGUUUGGAACAUUGUAAAAUGUAAUCAUAAAGAGGUGAGAAAAUAUCCACCCGUGAUUGAGCAAUAAAAUACAUAUAAUAAUAUUAUAAUACUCGUAAUAGACUCCCUUCUCAAGGCUAGCCGUUGUAUUCACAAUGUGGUGUUUUUCAAACAAUUUUUCUUGUUCAAGACAUUUGCUGGGAAAAUAUAAGCAGAGAAAGUUUUCACACUUAAUCAUUAUUUAUAGCAAUAUCCAAUUUUAGUCAAGGCACGAUUUGCACCACGCCACCCGCGGCGGUGCUUAUUCACGGCUUAUCCCGGCAAUAAUUUACUCAAAGCUCUCAGAAUGGGCAGUGUUUUUUUUUAUGUGAAAGAUUGUACUGGUGGUUUUAUUAACCUUUAAUAAUAAAACGAUGUUAUGUGUUACCUGAAUUAUAAUAAUAAUAAAAUCAACUUUUGUUUUGCUGACUUGUAUUAAAAUUUGAGUUUAAAUACUUAUCAUUUUAGGCGUUGGUACUUGGAUUUUAUUAUCCACUGCCACAUUAACCGUAAAAAUAAUUUAUAGAAACAGUGUUUAAAAGUUGCAUUACAAUUUUAGUUUAAUAUGUAAAUAUAUUUAGACGUCUAUCUAUUAGUAAUAUUGAAUACUGUUAAGUUGGUUUAAAUUUAUGAGAAUCAGGGUAUGUGUAGUUGGUUUUUAGAAUUUAAUCUAAAAUAUAGGACAUAAAUAAAAUUUGAAAAAUUAAGCCUCGGGUUUUUUAUUUUACUUUAUUUGAUUGGGUAAUACUAGUAAUAGUUACUCAUCGACAUUUGAGUAUUUUGAUACUAUAUAUGUUAUAUACCGAAGCCAAUAUGAAAUAGAUAACGAUACUAAAGCCCUUUUGGAUUAAUAAGCCCGUCUUUUUUAUUUUGCAAACUACCCGUUUUCUUAAAGGAUCCGGAAUUUUACAUUUACUAGUACAUAUUUGUAGUUCUAAUUUGAUAAUUUAAACAUGUGGUCAGCUAUAUUAGAACGAACUGAGCUUUACCGCUUUUCCGCGGUGCUAUGUCAUUUCCAACUUCAAAGGAGGCUUGCGUAGAGUUUUCAGCCGCAGAUAGCGUCAAGCAUUGCUGGCAUCUAUUAACAACGGUGAAUACUCAUCUUCAAGUGGGUUGUAUGCUCCUUUGCUUACAAAGGGAACUAUUUAUAACGUAUCCUUCGAAAACUACUUUUGCGGCUUAAUAUGCCGUUUGUUAUUUUUAUUAUUUGCGACCUUUUUUGAUAUUUUACUGGUUUUCGGGUAUCUGUUGACCAACAAGUUACGAGAAUGAAUGAUUAAUACUCUUCCCUUUGGUUAUUUUAUAAAAAAUCUAAAUUAACGCUCACUAAUUCAUCACAGUUAUAUAAGAUUAGCACAAUGAAAACGAAUAAAAUCAUCUAUAUAAUCAUUCGAAUAUCAAAAGCUUGUGUCAAAUAAAUGUAGCUAUAAUAUUUUGACUAAACAACCUUUUGUCUACGACAGUACAAAGGCUUGAUUCAUCUCGUUCACAUUUAACGGCAAAUAAAAAGCGUUGCGGUCGCGGGGAAACUACAGUUUUCAUUACGAUUUCAGCCUGUGACUGAAACGAUACAUUUCGAACGCGCGGAACGGAGAGUUUACUUUCCGACUUUUGUACGAUGACCUUUAGAAUUUACAUUUUCGUAUGUUAUUAUCUGUUAAUAAAUUUAUUGGAGCGAUGCACAAGUUCAAGAGUUAUUGUACGUCGUCACGCGGGCGUAGCCGAUGAUCUGCCCCUUCAAUAUGAUUUACAGGAUUACAUAGAUUCGUUGAAAAAAAUUAUAGAAUUCACGAGUGAACAUAAAUUGGAUUUGGAUUUGAAUUAUUUGUUCGGAAUGUUUUUGUUACAAGUUAACUUGAAAAUUGCUGUCAAAUCCCAGAACUCCUUAACAGAAUCUGUGAGCAAUGAAACGAACGCUAUGCUAGUAGAAAACGAGAAACUUUUGAAAUAUUUUAAGUUCAGAGUUGAUACGGAUUUCAAUAGAGAAGACAGUAAAGAUAAAUCAAUUGCAAGGCUGUUCGAAAAUUGUAAAAAAUGGUCUCAACGUGUACCGAGACUGCGGUUGAGGAGACGGCGCAUGUCGUCUCGUCAUCUUGCACACACAGCCGCGGCGGACUUAAGGUGGAGCGAGUACAGAGCCAGCAUCGAUAAGUUCGAUAAAUGGACACCGAAUCCUAAACAGUCAGAUUUUUGCAUAGCUUCGCUUGGCGAUAUUGAGGAUAAAGUAAACUAUUAUCACAAGUGCAAAGUUGACGGCGUUUGUCGUGAUAUGCUAAUCAAUGGCAGCGACUUUGGUUACGCGCUUCUUCAUAGAUUACUGUUUCUGCAGAGUGCUCGAUAUGGGCGCGGUUGCAGCAUAUUCUCUCCGCCACAAGACGACGACUUAAGAAACAAAUUCUGCUCCAUAGCAUACGGCGAAGCUGAGCUUAUAGCUCAACACGGCUUUAAUAUUGCAGAUCUGCUAUUUGAACAAGUUAGCCUCUGCGCAUUAGACGGUCACGUGGAGUUUCUUCGACGAUCGUGGCUGUCAAAGCUUCUUGAACACCAAUCCACAUUAGGCUGUUUUGGUUAUCGCCCUCAACAAACUCUAUAUGUGGAAACAAAGAAAGCGCAAACUUGGCGAAUAUCUAAGCAAAAUCAUCAAUUACUCGGAGGACACUGUAACGGGCAUUUUACAUCGGUUGCAGCCGCAACUUUGGCAGCCGCUGUUAGGUUCAUACUGGAGAAUUAUUAAGUUACUAAUCGGUGUA